AUGGGUUUGUUAGAGGAUAUGUCCAAAAGUGGCUUGAAACCUAAUGUUAUUACAUAUACCACUCUUAUAAACAGGUUCUGCAAAAUCAACAAUGCCAGCAGCGCGUCGGCAGUAUCCAGAGAAAUGAGGAAAAGAGGGUGUUUCUCAAACAUUGUCACAUAUAACGCACUGAUAGAUGGUCUUAGCAAUGCUGGGAGAAAGGAGGAGGCAGUGGCUUUGUUGGAUGAAAUGCACCAGAGUGGUCUAUACCAAGAUGUUGUUACAAAUAACACUCUUGUAUAUGGGCUUUGCAAAGCUCAUAAAAGUGAGAGAGUAGACGAAGCAUUGGCUUUGUUAGAGGAGAUGUACCAUAUCGGCAUGGAUCCAAAUGUUGUUACGUAUACCACUCUUAUUAACAUAUUCUGUAAAGCCAAUAAUGUGGAGGAAGCUUUGUAUAACAGGCUCAACAAUGCCAAUAAUGCAGAAGAAGCCUUGGCAUCACACAAUGAUAUAGGAAGAAGAGGAUGUCCUCCAAACAUUGCAACAUAUAACACACUUAUAUAUGGUCUUUGCAAGAAUGGAAGAAUGACGGAGCCAAUGGAGCUGUUGGACAAGCUGUGUACCACAAUGGCGUUAACCCAGAUGUGUGGGAGUUUGGAAGAAGUGAAGAGUUUGUUAGAGGAGAGAUGCCAAAAAGGCUGA